CCUCGUCGAAGAUAGCGGGACGAACUAGACGCCUUUGACAGAGACUGGUGGGGACACGUGGAAUAAUAAGAGGGAGGCCUUUGCCCAGGAGUGGGACAAUAUAGGCUCAUAAUAAUAAAUUAUUUAUUUAUUGAGAGUUUUUUAAACAAAUGCUACUCUCAUAGUGGAUCUCUAACAAAACUACACCAGUCUAACUUUCACUAUUUCUACGUGCUAGUGUGCUAAUGUGCUUUAUGUGCUAGUCUUGCCAAUGAGGCGACACUCCUCCUUUCGGCUUUUCUCGGCUCCGUUCGGCUCAGCUUUGCUCCGAGCAAUUAUUAGGGUUGGCACAACUUGACGUCCCUAUACGUGCAUGACCACAGAUAAGAUAAAGACCUGAAUUUUGACAACCCUAAAUGGCCGAAAGGGAUAGUGCUAUACAUUAGAAAGGGAUAGCAUAAUUCGUCCCUGAAUCGCUGUCAAACUUCGGUUUUGUAGGAAGUGUCAUUUCUGUACGGUAGUACUAUUAUUUAUUCUGUGGUCUUGCUCGCCCCAUCGCGUUCGUAUUGUAGAGUAGGGAUUUCUAAUUAAAAAUAGGUCAAAAUGAUUGUUUUUACUUAGUAAACAAUGUUUAUCAGAUCGACAAUAUCAUUAGCAAAGACCUAGAGUAGAUCCACGAUGAUGCCUAAGUGGCAAAUAUUAGAAAAACCGUGAUUUAUGUGUUGUUUUGGUGCCAGUCAGUUAUAUUGAUUUAUCGUAAGCCAGUGACCUGUUUUUCGUGUUAUAAAUGUGUUACUCGUAAAUAAUUAAUGAAAUCAUUAGAAAAAGGCCUAAGGAUCUUUGAAGAUGACUUUGUGACAAUAAUCUCAACGUAUUAUCUAGUUAUAUAUGAGAGAAAGCUGUGAACAUGGGCACGGAAUCUGAAUUUUCUAAACAGUGUUGAAAAUUUUCUAAAUAUUUGUUAUUUUGUUAUGGUGUUCUUCUUUUAACAUGAUGACGCCAAUUGAAGAAAAUAAAGAUGACAAGAUCCGCAUGGGCAUGGUGCAAGUGUCGGAUGGCAAGUCGCGGCCGCGGCCUGCGCGUCUCGUGCUCAGCAUGGACGCAGUGACGGUGCAGCGAGAAGUACCUGUUGUGGUGCCCGUGCGAGACAAGAAUGUGCCUCAUGCUAGGGAGCGUAUGGUGCAAAUAACCCGGCAGAAGGUGGGGGGCCUUGGCCUCAGUAUAAAGGGUGGAGCGGAACACAAGCUGCCAAUCCUCAUAUCCAAGAUAUACAAGGACCAGGCGGCGGACCAAACAGGGCAGUUAUUUGUUGGCGAUGCAGUUAUUAAAGUAAACGGCGAGUACAUCACUGCCUGCUCACACGACGAUGCGGUCACCAUUCUAAGGAACGCGGGCGAUAUUGUCGUCUUGACGGUCAAGCACUAUCGAGCAGCCACGCCAUUUCUGCAGAAACAAGCGGAUGGCGCGUCUGAUACAGACAGCAGUACCGGCGACGAGCACCCGUCCCUGCACGGCAAGCCUGUUGACGCCAACUGCAACGAGAAGGCAGACCAGACCAAUGGCGGAUGGCAGACGGCGUGGGGAGAGGAAGAGAGCUCCCGACCCGGCAGCGCGGCGGGGUCACUCCGCUCCCGACCGUCGUCGGUGGCCUCCGACCGACUAGGGGCCGACCACACGCAGGGAGCUAAGGAGUGGAAAGACGUAGUUUCGGUACCUUUGAUGAUGGGAUAUGUCACAAGAUAUGUCUUCGGAACGGACAAGCUAAGGCCAGGCGCUUUUGAAGUCCGCGGCGCGCGACCACAGAUGACGACGGGCGUCAUACACGCGGAGGACCCCGCGGCACUGUCGCAGUGGCUCAAGAGCAUAUCGGACAACAUCGUCGGACUUACCAACCUACAGAUGAAGCUGUUCAACCGUCAGCUGGCCGUGGGCGAGCGCAUCGAGUACAUGGGCUGGGUGCACGAGGGCGUGCUGUGCGGCGCGCAGCCGUGGCAGACCUACCGACCCAAGUUCCUGCUCCUCAAGGGCACCGACGUCAUGUUGUUCGAUGUUCCCCCGAUGAACAUCGCCGAAUUAGCAAAAUGUCCAGAAACCCUUAAAGUGUACCAGACCAUGUUCCGAACUGUCAAAGAGAGCGAAACAGUGGACUGGCGGCAGCACUGCUUCCUCGUGCAGAGCAGCGGCGCCGGGCCCGGCGGCGGCGCGGCCGGCCCCCGGUACUUCAGCGCCGAGACCCGGCGCGAGCUGCUGCGCGUCGAGGCCGCCUGGACCAGCAACAUCGUCAACUCCGUCACCAGGCUGCAGAAAAAAACGUUCACGGUGGUGCACGGCGGGCGAGCAGCAGGCCUGACGUUGGACUGGUCGUCGGGGUUCUCGCUCAGCGAGGGCACUCCCGGCGCGCCGCCUGUGUGGGCCUACAGGUUCUCACAAUUGAGGGGCUCGAGUGACGAUGGAAAGUCGAAGCUAAAACUACAUUUCCAAGAUGCUGAGACCAAGGUGAUAGAAACAAAGGAGCUGGAAUGCCAGAUCCUGCAGAGCUUGCUGUUCUGCAUGCACGCGUUCCUCACCGCCAAGGUGGCGUCCGUCGACCCUGCCUUCCUCGCGUCCAUGCAUCAGAACAAUUGACAGUCGGAGACUAGCGACUAAACGUGUACAGGGCGUCUAGUCGUCGACAGCAAGAUGAAGACCUUAACGAGGUAAAAAUAAAGCUCACUUUGCUUUGACACAUUUUGUCUCUUUGAGGCGUUGUUUAUCGUUUAACUAAAAGUGUUACAUUUGUAAUUGUUUUAAUUGUUAGUAGGUACAUUACAUUUUGCUGAGUAGAUUUAGCAAAGUGGAUAUUUGGACUAUGGGGCAAACCGAGGAUGAUACGCGUUUGUAUGUACUCUUUCACACACCUCACGUAUCCAAAAAAUGUACUUAUUCUUUUUUUCGUCCAUACCUAUACUCUGUAUCUUUAGGUAGGUAUUUAAAUAAAAGUAAAUAAAAUCUACCCUCAAAUGGCUCCUUAAGCCAAUUGAGGGUACAUAAAAACAUUACAUGAUCAAAUAAUGUAGGUUAAAGUAAGGUCGUUCAGUGACAGAUCGAGGCAGUUUUGUAUUUGGUUGGUUAACCAAUAAAUGUUAUAACUACCCGAAAAUGUACAAAUUGUUUAAUUAUUUAAUUAUCUAAAGAUACACAGUAUAGUACAUAACAUACAAAUUCGUAUUAGAUAACGUUUUCCCUAUAAACCUAUUAUAGUUCGUGUCAUCCAAGAUGACGCGCAGAUUUGUCAAAUCUAACGUUUAACAACAUGACAUUUCGAGUCAAGGCACACGUCUUCGUGAAUGACACGAUCUAUAAGGUUGUAAGUCAUGUUAAAUUCUGUCAUAAUGACAGUUAGUUGUACUUUCAAGGUAUCUUAAAAUUUUCAAAGGCUAGUAUUUUUCGAAAUUUAAACAGCGAAUCAGGAGACUACGUUUUCUACAGCUAAUCUAGCAUUUAACGAUUAGUGGCCUAUUGAUGUUAACACAUUCAGUGCCAGCGCGAGCGUAGCCGAUAACACAGGAAAAACCAUAUGUAUUGAAAAGCACCUACGAACAAAGAACCCGCCUAGCGGGUCGCUGGCGAUGAAUGUGUUAGUAGUUUUCAAAUUCAUCUGAACCGGUAAUAAAUGUGACUAAUAAUUUGAUAUCUUAUAAGAGAACAAAAAUAAUAUUGAAUUGCGUUAUAGGACUAAUUCAGCAUUAUAUAAGCAAUGCUAAAACUUUACUUUCUGUCUUGAGAAACAUAUCUGCGCUUCAUAUAGCGUUAACAUUACAAAAGUUCAUUAAUGCAAAACUUUUAAAAGAAUUAUAAUACGAAAUUUUGGUCAAACACCCAGGUAGAAUGGGUCCAUGUUUUAACAUUUGACUAAACAGUCUUGCACGCCGGUUCAGAUUCAAUUUUCCUAUGGUAUCAAUGACGCGCGUCUUCCUUGCGAUUUUCUCUAUACUUCAAAUCUAUUUUAUAAGCACUUUGAUUCUAAAUUACCUACUCUCAAGCCUAAGAUUUUUUAAAGAACGAAUAGCAUUGUCUGAGUAUGAGAUAAAAUGUACUACAACUAAAGUUAUAAGCAUCGGCAAACAUCUAACCUCGGUUACAAAUAUAAUUCUUCAUGGUGAUGAAAGGGCUGUCACAAUAACGGUCCGUGUGUGUAAACGUGCACGUGCACGUUGUAAUAUACAGAUCCUUAUUAGAGACGGCACACCGCUUGCGUGACUUGUGCAUGCGCGGCUCAAACAUUUUACCGCGCGCGCACGUCUACUCAAACUUAGCCGGUGUGGUCUGGUCUUAAAUGUUCGCAAUACAGAGGGCCUACCGCGAUUCACGUUCGAUGUAUUGCCUCCCUGUUACACUUACGUACGAAUUUACAAGUGCGACAGAGAGGCAACAGGUCGAACGUGGUUCGCGUUAGACCCUCAGAGUUGUCGAAGCAUAACUUUAAUUGUAACACUGUAGAAGGAACUUUGAAAGAGUCAUUUAUAUUCAGUAUUACUAUUUAUGCUUGCUUAUUCUAAGAUUCGGUUAGCAUCCGUUAGACCGAUUACUUAAUUCUGAUUGGUUAGUGAUGUAAUGUCACAAAAUGUAACGGACUAUUUAAAGUGGUACUUUUGUUAGUAUAUUACGAAUCAUCGAAUUUGUUAUAUUUUUACGAAGUAGUUUUAUGUGAGUUUUUUGUAUGUAUAAUUAAAUAUUAAUAUUAUCUGUACUGUUACUUUCUAGAUUUUUGAUUCCAUAAUUUGAAUAUGAUAUUAAUAAGUACCGAUUAUUUUUACCAAAGAUUUUAACUGAAACUCAAUUGAACCAAAACUAUCACAACUCAAUGUAAUGACGAUAUUAUACAAUAAAUUAGAGUGUGCAUUUUUGACACGGUUAUAGCUCCGGUAUUUAAUUAUAAAAUGUAGUUAUAUCGAUUUUACUUACUUUAUAAUACGUUUGUAACACAUUUAUGGCGAGGCUAUGUUUUUGACUGAAAUUCGAAUUAUAUUUAAGUGUAAGAUUUAAUUAAGUUUUCUUAUUAAUCGAAAUACGCCUAUUGUAUAUAUUAGACAAUUUUGCGCUUGCGUCAUAUCAUUAAAUUUAAGUGAAAUUAAAUAUUGCUAUAUCAAUUAUACCUAUGUUUAAAAUUUAUCGAAAAUAAAUUCAUUUCAUAUAAUUAUUUGGUUGUUAAACGUUCAUAUUUUAUCAAGAUAAACGAUCGGCCGGAUAGAAAAUGGCUUGGUAAAUAUAGUAUUUUCAAUAUUAUUGUACUAAAAUAGUCUAUGUUAUAAUAAAAUUUCGUCUAUAAAGGGGUAAAAUUUCCGAGGCCACAGUAAUUUGCAACCAAAAUGUAUAAAAAAUAGUAUGUGAAACCAUAGAAUAUUUUAUCUGCAGCUGGAAGUGAUAUAUUAUAUGAAGUAAAAUUAUUUAUUGCAGGUUGGCCUACUAAACUUUACCCGAUGCUAGUAGCAAAGAGAACUGGUUGUAAUAGAGAGGCGAAGUCUAAGAAAAAAACGUGCCUCUUAGUUUGACAUCCAAACAGAUGGCGCUGAACUGCGCCGGAUGUUUUGCGGUUACUGAAUUGUCACACGUCAAAUUUUGACAAUCAGCUUUUUCUUUCCAUCCUGUUACCCCCUGCUGGGGUGUAGAGCUCGAACCAUUUUCUUCCACUGACUCCGGCUCCGGUCCUGGGCAGCUUGGGUAACCUCCUCCCACCCCAUCCCCAAUACACCCAACUCUUGCUCCACGGAACGGCGCUAAGUAAAUUUAGGGCGACCAUGUUUCCGUUUUCCGGGCAAUCAGACAAAUUGACAAUCAGAGUUACCCCAAAAUGUAUGGGGCUGUACAGCGCCAUCUCGUUUACUUGGCAAAUUCGAAGCACGAAAUUGUCUUAGAUUUUACACAUGUUACUCAAUCAAUGUAUCUUUGCUAGUAGGUACUUAGUACUCUACCUAUAUUUAGUUGUUAAGGACAUUCUUAUGAAUUGAAUUGUUGACUAUCGAGAUUUUUGUGGGAGUUCAAAAUUUUUAUUACUGUAUUUUAUCAUCACAAAAAGUUAUUAUAUAAAAGUGUUUAUGUGAACAUGUUUUAAGAUAUAUGGGCAUAAUUUGCUAGUGCUAAUGUUAUUUUUUUUGCAUGUAUAUGCUUAUGUAUUACUCUAGAUCUGAUAUAUUUAUGUUACUAGUAGAUUUAACUUAUUUUCUUGUGUGCGAAACUGUAUACAUGUAUAUACAAGUAUUAUAUUCGCCUUGCGUAAGGUCAAUUCGUAGCAAAAUAUAUUAUUUACCUUAAAUUAGUGAACAAACGGGUUUUUAGCAAAAUUUAUAUCAUGUAACCAAUACUCGACAUUAUCAAGGUACGCGAUUUUAAGUAAUGUUUUUUAUCUGUAGAUUUUAAUCCUUUUUUUGUGCUGUCAACAAUAAUGGAUAUGAUCUGGAUAACUUAUCUCAGUUGACAACUAUUACUCGUCCAAAAAUAAUCCUACCGAAGGCAUUCCUAAAGAAUAAAUUCUUCAUAUUUAUAUAUAUUACCUAUAUAUAGCCCCCUCUAGUUUUUGAACCUUGAAUUAUUUAACACCUUGGUGGACACUCGACGCUUAUAGGCGUAAUCCCUGUUCUUUCUAUAUAGUGUUAAUCAAAGUUAAAAAUACCUUUUGGAAUAAGACCUUUAUAAGGGCUUCUGGGACUCAGGAGGAUAGGAUUCUAAUACGUACCGUGAAACCACGCAGUUAUUGUCCAAUACUUCGGUCCACAAGUUUAAUACGUGAUUAAGUACACUCACGGUAUUUCGCCGUAGAACUUCGAAUUUGAAAUAUGUAAUAGUUGCACCUGAACAAAGAUAUUCAGGUUCUUUUUAUACCAUUUUUGGGAGUUUCUGGACUAUAGGGUAUGCCAUCUCGUUCUCUCUCUCUCGUUCAUCUCGCAAGCCCCCCCCCCCCCCCUAAACUUCACACUGGCUCUAUUUCACAUAGUCUGCCAGUGGCUUAAAUCUAAAAAUGGAAAUUUGAUUUGCUCCGCGCCAAUGAAUUGGGGGCUUCUGUGCUGCCGUGUACAGUUUAUGCACGCUCCCUAUCGUCGGGUGGUUUUACGAUAGGUACGUGAUAUAAGGAGUAUUGUUACAUAGGGCCGGUGCCGAAAGAUGUGUUGAGCAGCAAACACUGAGUAGGGAUGUAUGUCGGUUGUCAGCUAAGAUAUGUUUGUCUUUAAAUAUACAAUUUGUUAGUGUAUAUUAUACGACCUGACUGGGUAGACUUAGCAGGUUUUGGCUAUUUGAGGCUAUCGGUUGUAAGUGAUAGGAAUUAUGGCAUUGAACUUUACACUGGAUUGUAGCAGCUGUAUAACUCGGUUGGAUAUAACUGUCAAUUCAAAGCAACAACUGUAAUUAAUGUCGAUUAAAAAAUAGCGGAAGAUACGUAUAUACAUUUUUCGAACCGUUUUUUUUUAGGUUAAUAUAUGUAGCUCAGGAGCGCCGCGAUAAUAUCUCGUCUGCGAGAUAGACUACCCGUUCCUCUAUAAUCAAUACAGAUAGAAAAACACGAGUAUUGGCUCUCGCUCGCGAGAUACUGUCGGAGAUCUCUUGCGGUACAUAAAUUUAACUAUGCCUAUAUUUGAAAUAAUGAAAGUACUAUGGAUAAAAAAAUAUAUUAAAAAGUUAUUGUCAACCUUGUGAUGUCAAUAAAACAAUCCAGUGUAACAAGUGUUGUGUGACACCCGUCACCGCCUAGUGCGUGACAGGUGUCAAAAUUGACUUGUCUAGAUAAUAAUUAGCUACGAGUGUCUAUUUGCGGAUUCGCUACUGAGAGAAAAGGUUAUAAUAUAGCAACAACGAAUAUAAUUCUAGAAAGUAGUAUGAGAUUACCUGUAAAAUUAAAAUCGAAACCAUGCGGCUGGUCACGUAUUAUCUGAAAAUAUGUACUUAAAUAAUUGAAAUGUAUAAUCAAUUAAUCAUAUUAAAUUUGGUCAGUGUUAGUAAUAUUGAAAAGGAAGAUACUAAUUUGUAUAUAUUUUUUGUAAACAAUUAUUUGUGAGUCUUGUAACACCUUAACCGAUGUAACAGCCUAACAGCUAAUAUGAAGUCAAUACAAUAAAAUAAAAUCGUAUAAUUAUAAAGAAUACUAAUGCUUUAAAACUAAUUUCAUCGCUCCAUGUUAUUUUUGACCUAUAACUAUGACAUUUAACUAAGUAUUUCAUUUUGAUGUCUUUGACGAAAUAUUCGGUAACGAAUAACAAUUAUAAUUUAUUAUAGAUCAUAAUUUAUUAUAAAUUAUAAUUGUUAUUGUUGUGUUUUAUUUAUUUAUUUUUUAUUUUAUUUUGUGUGUAAUUAGCUAAUGUAAUUAAUAAGUUAAUACGCGACUGGCCGCAUACGGUGAUUUGACCAAUCUAAAACCUGCAUAAUAAACACCACUAACUAGAUGGCCCGUCCACUUUAUACCCGAAUAACUCGUUUUUUUAUCGUAGUCGUAUAUUCCAUACUGAAAUAAACUUUUAAAAUUACGUAUACUGAGUGGUAAAUUUUAUUACUUUGUACUAUUAGAAAAUUAAAGAACCAUUCAAUAUACUAGACAUUUUAUAUUUAAUAUUAGUUCGUGUGAGCUUUUCUUUCACUAUCGAAUAAUGAUCAGUAACCUAGCGUAAACCAUACCACGUAAGUGCGAAUGUGCAAUCGUCAACCAAACAGCUUGUGUCCGCGAAACGGAAACAUUAUCUUAUCAUCUUGACUCGAGAGAGAAGCUACAUAUAUCGAUUCAUUUGUUCCUCGAGUUAAAUAAUAAGGAGCUUAUUUUCCAAACGGGCCUAGUUGCGUAAUAUAAGUUUAAUAUGUGGUGUUAAAUAAUGAUAGAUAGUCCAAACAUCUUGCAGUGCAGCGUCCGAGCGUACCCGAUAAAAGUAGUAAUAAGAUAUCAAAAAUGACUGUAUCCGACUAACAUUGUAUAAUGAGAUUAUUAUCUUUUAAAGUCAGAUAACCAGCGGUACUAGUCACGAUGUAGUAAUUUUAUUAUGCAACGGGCUUCAAACUCAUAAUAUCAAAGAGUCUAAGGUAUAAUAAUGUGUCCGCGGGCAACAGCUGAUUGUUAUAAAUAUGGGAAUCGAUUAGUCAAUUUAGAGAGUAUAUUCAAGACUGAACUGAAUGUUGUCAUUCGCAGUUUGUUUCGCUAAUUCUUCACAACGGUUCAAAAGCAUAGAGACGCUUGCUAAAACACUACAAUUGAAAUUAAUGAUUUGAUGGCACGGACUAGAGGCACUAUAAGCUCGGUUGCGCUUUUUUAUUUCACUAUUGAAGAUGCGCCUCCGAUGAAGUGUUUCUAAGUGUAAGGCCUGAGUGGACGCUCGAGUUGGGCAUGAAGGGGGGCGGGGCGUGCAUGUUAAACAAAUGCAAGCGUAUAGGAGCGGCCUCAGUGCACACUUCUCAAAUCACUUGUGAGCCCGACGCCACGCUGCACGCCCUGCCGCACGCUCAGUUCUCACACUAAGCUUCUUCACCUACAGGUGCUAAUAGCCUACUUUGCUUGUAAAGCAAGCGUCUCAAUGUUAUUAAAAGCGUAACUUUUGGGAACUUGGGUCUUCAAUAACUCGAAUACUCACGGCCUGUCCCUUACAUUUCACCCACCCCAAUCAUCCCAAGUAUUUUUUCAACGGUACACUUACAGUGCAGUAUUUAUCUGGUUAACCAGUAAGUAUGUCACGUUUCCCUAUGAGCCUCGCCUAUGAAUACGCAGUGCGGCGUCAAGCAAACGCUCUUAUGCACUAACAUAUACCUACGGUUGAAUUUUAGUCGCCUCGCUCCUUUACAAAUACGGCCGUAGUGUACCGUUAAAUGAGAUAUAACAGUUACGGCUUUCCCCUAACAUAAGUGCACCAUUCAUUUUAUUUCAACUAGACAUCGUACGUUGUUUAUGAUAUUUUUAAUUCCAAAUUCAUCUAAGGUGUACGGAAUCUGGUAGAUCUACAGAGCGUCUCAAAUAUUUGUGCAGCUUCGGAUUAAAUAUUGAGAAGUUCAGUAGAUUCUGCCUAUGUGGGUGAAAUCGAAGCGUUGUAUACCUGUUCAUGGGAACCACUAUAUUAGAUGUGGUAACCUAGUUAUUUAUACAUAUUGUUGACAUGUAACUAUAUUGUAUCCAUUAGUGAAAAUAAACAUUUCGUAACUA